UUCUUUUCUCAAAGAAUCAUGAUAUGUCAAAAUGCUUUCUAAAUUCCUUUUUUAACCAGUGCUUGAGAUCAAUUUACUGACAUUCAUAUUGCCCACUCCAGUAGUAAUGAUGAUAUUAUUAUUGUCCCUCUUUAUUGUUGCCCUAUUUAAUCCUUCAACCAGUCAAGAUUCAGAUCAGGUAUUCUUCAUUACUUGAGAUGCAGGUUUCAUCUAAUGAUAUUCCUCACAAGGAUAAAAGAGUGCAUCUAAAAAUUUACAGAUGUAUUAUUAAUCUGCAAUCUGAAACUGCAGUGGAGCAUACAUCCUCUUGUUAUUAAGGUAAAGGUAAUGCAUAUCAAUCCUCUUACCAGUGCUAUAUCUUAAUUAGGAGGCAUUUAUCUAAGCGGCUCUGCAAUAACUAUUGCAGAGAUCAAGUAGUUAUGUGAUCCACUUAUAAAGGUAUUAUAUACCAUCUUAAUCUGAAAUCUUAAGACUUGUAAGUAGAGAUGCAGCUUCCGAUAAACCUGUUCUGCGAGAAAGUGGAUCGAUUUUGUGGGAUGCUCUGUGUCUAUGUGAUCUGCUUAAACUGGAUUAGGCUGUGAGUAUGGGUAGAAUAAUGAGUAUUUUAAGGUAGAUUGAGUUUAGAUUGUAUUUAGAUAGCUUGUCGGGUUAAAGAACUGAUACGAUCAAUUACGUUUCCUCGAGACGGUUUCCCACGAAGCAAAGAUGACGUCUGUUAGAGAGAGAGAAAGGACUGUGCUUCUAACACCUCACUCAGUCCAUGGAAGAAAGAGAGAAAGAUAGAGAAGAAGAAGAAGAAGAAGAAGAAGACAGGAAAAGGGAACAUCGACCGAUGCGAUCGUUUGCACUUCCUGCUGUCACUAAUUCCUCCAACGACCUCUUGUCCUCUUCCUCCAGCAGUCAGUCCUCACGGCAAUUCAGCCGUAAUUACUCUCUCUUUCUCUCUCUCCGGCCGAAGGACAAGCUAACCGAGGACCAAAGGGAAGGUCUCCGUGAGGACCGUAGAAAAGAAUCAGACCGUUAGCUUCUCCUGCUUCUGUUUCUGGUCUUGAGAGUUUCUCUUCAAAUGCACGAGGAAGAAGGAGAGUAGGAAUGGGUGGAGAAGCUGUGCCCAUGGAGGUGACGAAUGCAGGGCGCGUGGAUUCUGUCUCUAUGGUGUCAUAUACUCGUGUUUCGCAUCUUGGGCGUUCUAAAAGGCGUGUUUUCUUGGUCACGAUGAUAGCUUGAUAACACGGUGCCUCUGAUAGAGAAACUUGGAGUUGACCAAAUCUGGAAAGUCACACAGCAUUGCAAAAAAUCAGACCGAGUGUAAGGGUUCACAUAAUAUUUCGAAUAUACUGAAGUCUCAUGGAAGCCAAAGUUCUUAUAAUCAAGAUUCAAGUGAGAGUGCCAGACACACCACAUUAAACAGUCGAUAUUCCUUGGAAGAUGAUAUUAAACAACUUCAGAUGCAUUUGCAUCAAGAAAACUCGUUUUCUGCUGGAGAAGGCGAUUGGUUGAGCUUCCAGUACUUUUAUCUCCUGGACAUAGACAUUUUUCUGCUCAGGGAGCUAACUGCAGAGAUUGAGCUAUUUGAAGAAGAGAUUGCAAAUCGUGAACAACAUGCUUUAUCCCUCUACAGAAGUAUCUUUGAUCAAUGCAUUAGUCAGCCUGUUUCUGCACAUAAUUCAGGCAUGGCUUCUCCUGUGCACUCGAGCCGUGGAGCUAGGAAGCACCCUAGGAUAAUAUUGAGUUCUUUUUGCUCCUCAAAGAAGUUCCAAUUCCAACCUUUUCAAGUUUUAUCUUCCAUAGAGGACGCUGGACGAACCAACAUUUUGCUUAAGUCGAAGGUUAGACAUGACCUGUUGUCAAGAGAAAACAUGAAUCUUUAUGUUGGAAAUGACUUUGCAUAUCCUAUGAAGAGAAAUUCCCAACCUCUGAAAGAUCAUCUCUAUCGAUGCCCAAGCAGAAUAUCCGAAGAGAUGGUCAGAUGCAUGGCUUUUAUAUAUUGUUGGAUGUGUACUGACUCAUCUGAAAUGUCUGGUUGCUGGUGGAACAGCUGUAAACAGUUAAUGUGAGUGCCCAGGAAACUAAUGCAAAAUUGGCAUUUUGGAUCAAUAUCUAUAAUUCUCUCCUAAUGCAUGUAAGUCCUGUAUGCUAAAGUUUGGUAGGAUUCACUUUAUUCUCUCCAUAUAGAAACUGGGUAGUCGCUUCUUGCUCUUUCUAUUAUAGGCUUAUAUGGUAUAUGGAUUUCCAAGUAAUUAUCUGAGAAGGAUUGCUUUGUUUAACAAGGUGCAGAAAUUUAUUUUUCUUUAGCAGUAAAAAUAAUCUUUCUUGUGUUCUCAGUGGAUUCCGCAAUAUGCAUGAGAAAUUCUAGAAUCGUUUUCUCUUGCCACUAGUUGGGACAUAUCUCUAAUAGCUUUUAUUAUAGAUGUAUAAUGUUGUUUGAACUCUUUCUAUGCCUUUUGGUGAUAUGUAGCUUUUAAGAAUUCCAUAUUUUGGUAUACACCCUACGAAAGCACUUUUGUACAUCUGCUGCACUAGUAAAAAGUUUUUAACCAUGCAUAUGGGAAAAUGUGAGAGCAAUACAGAUUCAAAUAUGAUUUUCGCAAUUAUGUAAGGUUUGACAGAGAUGUAAAUGCAUAAUUCUCUUAACUAGACAGUGCAAACAUGAGUUACAUAGAAAGAUGAAAGUAUCUUGUUUACGUUUCUUGACAAAAAUAUACUUCAGCUGAUGACAACUAAAGUAUUAAGUGGUUUUUCUUUUGUAUAAAUCAUUUCUGGAAUUAUUUUUGUAAUUUCAUUUUUGUAUCAACAAAAUGAUUUAUCUAUCAGUGCUCUGCAGGCUGCCUAUAAUAUUGGAGGACAAAUCAUCACUGCCAACUGCAUUGAAUACUCCAUACUGUGUUGUCGGAUAUCUCGAAGGGGUCAUGUAUGAUCUUAAAUUUGUAUGAUCAUCUAUGGAAUAAUUUUGAAUUACAUACUUUAGUUGACAUAGUACAACUAUCUUUAUCCUCAUUUAUGUUGGCUGUUAUUAAUUGUCAUUCUGCAUCAGUAAGUUCUUACUAGAGAAAUCUUGUAUAUCAUUUCUUGCACGAGAAGAAAAUUUUCAGAUGCAUAUAGAAGUUCUGACAAUGUCUUCUCUACAUCCAAUGACUAAAUAAUAAGAACAACCAUUAUCAGA